AUGGCUAGUCGUAUACCAAGAUUGAUACAAAGAUUCACAAUUCCUGGUGCGUCUGGACAUGAGAGUAUUGCUUUCGAUCCAACUGGCGGUGACCCAUACACUGGAGUUUCUGAUGGUCACAUAUUAAAAUGGGACCCAAUCCAAAACCGCUGGAAUACUUUUGCGGUUACCACUCCAAUUCGGGAUAGGUGUGAAGGAUCUUACGAUCACACUUCAACAGAAGCCCGAUGUGGGCGUCCACUGUGGUUGGAUUUUAAUAAGAAAACCGGCAAACUUUAUAUUGCAGACGCUUAUAGAGGUUUACUUGUAGUUGGCCCAAGGAGAGGAAUCGCCAACUAG